AUGACUGUCACCGACAAACUCAACGGAAACAGUCAGAAUGGCACGACACAUGUCAGCAAUGGCAACACAAAUGGCCAACAGAACGGCCUUGCUAACUCUCAGCCAAUAAUGUCCCUUGACGCUGGCCUUGAGCCAAUUGCUAUUUGUGGAAUUGGCCUUCGCUUGCCUGGUGCAAUUCGUACUGGGGAUGACUUUUGGGAUGUUCUAUACCAUGGCAAAGAUCUUCGAGGCCCAAUACCUGCGGAUCGUUUUAAUAUCAGUGCUUUUGAUGACUUGUUGGGGAAAAAGGGAGCCAUCAACACAAGACACGGAUACUUUCUUGACGAAGACCUAGGACUUAUUGAUGCUUCAUUCUUCAAUAUGAGCAAAGCAGAGCUGGAAAAGACUGAUCCGCAACAGAGAAAACUUCUUGAAGUUGCACGUGAAUGCCUUGAAAAUGCUGGAGAAGUGAAUUGGCGGGGAAAGAGUGUCGGUGUUUACGUCGGCACAUUUGGUGACGACUGGUUACAAAGUACGACAAAAGAGAGCCAAGUCACAGGCAGUUACAAUUUCAGUGGAGACCUUAUGCUCGCGAAUAGAGUUUCCUACGAAUUCGAUUUUCAGGGCCCAAGUUUGGUAGUCAAAACAGGCUGCAGUGCAAGUCUAGUUGCACUCCACGAAGCUUGCCGGGCCCUUCAGAGACAAGACUGUACCGCAGCUCUUGUAUGUGGCACGUCUCUUCUCAUGGGGCCUCACAUUUUCACAGUCAUGACAAACGAGGGUGUUCUCUCCCCUGAGGGUUCAUCCAAAACGUUUGACGCAAAGGCAGACGGAUUUGCCCGAGCUGAUGGCAUCAAUGCCGUUUUUCUCAAACGCCUUCCAGAUGCGCUUCGAGAUGGUAACCCAAUUCGCGCAAUUGUUCGGAAUUCUGGCAAUAAUAGUGACGGCAAGUCACAAGGACUGUUGUCGCCUAGAUCGUCUACACAAGAAGCUUUAAUACGGCAUGUAUACUCUCAAGCGAAAUUGGAUCCUAGUGAGACUGGUUUCAUUGAAUGCCAUGGUACUGGCACAGCAACGGGCGAUCCAAUUGAAACCAGUGCGGUUGGAAAUGUAUUUGGAGAGAAAGGCAUCUAUAUCGGAUCGGUCAAACCCAAUACAGGUCACUCUGAAGGUGCAAGUGGCCUCACUAGUCUGAUCAAGGCAGUGCUUGCGUUGGAGCACAAGAUAAUUCCCCCAAAUAUUAAGUUCUCAGUUCCAAAUCCCAAGAUUGCCUUUGAAAAGAAUAAGCUCGUUGUGCCAGUAAAGCCAACACCUUGGCCAAGCAAUCGCACAGAGAGAAUAUCAAUCAACUCAUUUGGAAUUGGAGGAAGUAAUGCGCAUGUCAUCGUUGAUAGUAUAGAACAAUUCCUCACGGAUAAUCCUACACUUACUCACCGGUGGUCCCUGACGUUCGACAAACCUACUUGGACAUUACCACGACUGCUCCUCUUCUCGGCUAACAAUGCAGAAUCCACCAAGGGCUUUGCACGACAAAGCAUCAAAUAUGCUACACAACGACCUGAGUCUCUAGUGGACCUAGCGUACAGUCUAUCAUCAAGACGCGAGAAACUGCCACACCGAUCCUAUGCCCUUGUUUCUGCCAACGGUGUCAUUGCAGAGUCCGCUCCUGUUGUCAAAACGACGUCUCGCCAAAGACCCCAAAUUUGGGUAUUUAGUGGCCAAGGAGCACAGUGGGCACAAAUGGGCAGAGAACUUCUUGCCAAUCACCCCAUCUUUUCUCGAACCAUUCAUGAUCUGGAUUUCGCUUUGCAGUCUUUGAAACUACGUCCGAAAUGGACUUUAAGAGAUGAACUUUCAAAACCCAAAGACACAAGUCAAGUGUAUCGGGCCGAGUUAUCACAACCCCUGACUACGGCGGUGCAGCUGGGUUUGGUAAAUGUUCUGAAGCAGCUAGGCGUUACAGCCGAUGCAGUAAUUGGUCAUUCAAGUGGUGAAAUUGCGGCUGCGUACGCGGCAGAUAUAUUGUCUCUGAGUGAUGCGAUAAUCGUAUCAUACCUCCGCGGUUUUGUGACCAAUUUUCAGACUAAUAAGGGUGGUAUGGCGGCGGUUGGACUCAGCGCAAACGCAGUUAAGGAAUACCUGCUUGAAGGCACCGUUAUUGCGGCAGAGAACAGCGAUAAAGCGACCACUAUCUCAGGAGACGAGACCGCCCUGGAUCAAGUUAUAGAGAAUAUCAAAGCCAAGCACCCAGAUACGCUUGCUCGAAGGCUUCGGGUCGAUAUGGCGUAUCAUUCACCCCGCAUGGCAAUAGUUGGCGACAGUUAUCUGGAGAUGAUGAGAAACACACUGGGUGCGUCGAGAACAUGGUCACAACCAAGUACAUCAAAGACCGCAAUGUUCUCCACCGUCACUAGUCAACGCAUCGCUUUGACGAUUGACCUAAAGUACUGGGUGACCAAUUUAGUUUCCCCCGUAAGGUUUAGUCCUGGAUUUUCGACAAUGCUUACUGCUCUGGCUGGCCAACCAGUGAUCAUUGAAGUCGGACCUCACUCACAACUAGCCGGACCAAUUCGCGAGAUUUGUACAGCAGAAGGCGUACAAAGUAGCUAUAUACCUACCAUGAUACGCGAGGCAGACUGUGUUGAGUCUCUCGCUUCUGCUGCUGGCCAACUUUUCCAACAAGGCGUGGAGUUUGACACAAGUGCCGACUCUACAAUAUUUCCACCAGGAAAAGUCUUGACCAAUUUGCCUCUAUACCAAUGGGACCAUUCGGCCAAGUACUGGUAUGAGAACAGAGUCUCACAUGAUUGGCGUUUCCGCAAAUAUGGACACCAUGCUCUGCUCGGUGAGAUUAUCCCAGAAAGCAGCACGAUUGAACCGAGUUGGCGCUGUAUCCUCGACCUGGAAGAUGAACCGUGGUUGAGAGAUCAUAUGAUUGCAACCGACAUUGUUUUUCCAUUUGCAGGCUACGUCAGCAUGGCGGGCGAGGCGAUACGACAAAUCUCCGGAACUGAUAUUGCUGGCUAUAAAGUCAAGCAUGUUGUGGUGCAUACCGCUUUGGUAUUGAAUGAAAGCAAACCAGCCGAGGUUAUAACAACACUUCGAAAACGCAAACUAACUGAUGCGUCCGAUUCGAAGUACUACGAAUUUACGAUUUCGUCUCACUCCGGUUCUACAUGGACUAAGCAUUGUGAAGGCAAUGUGGUUGCAUUGACAGAAAAAAAGUCGGUUGCGGAUAACGUGAAAACGUUUCCGCGUAAAGUUAUGGUGUCCAGAUGGUACGACAUCGUGUCCAGAGUUGGUUUGAGAUAUGGCCCAAAUUUCCAGGGCAUCAAGUUCCUCGAAGCAUCUCCAGUAAGCAUGCAUGCCAUCGCAGGAAUUGCCGAGACGACCAACGGCCCAUUCCUUUUUCAUCCUACCGCAAUGGACUCAGCCUUUCAGCUAGUGAUUGCUGCGGGAGCCAAAGCGUCAUCCCGAAAUUUUACACAAUUGGUUGUACCGACCUUGAUUGAAGAGAUCGAGAUAUAUGCCUCGUCUGGUCUCAUGACUGCUGAAGCUCAAGUUUCUCCAGACGGCAAAGAAACUGAAUUGACAUGCACCUCUGGCCAAUCUGUGUGUCUUCGUAUGAAAGGCGCAAGAUUGACAGCCUUAGAGGGCGAUCAAGAACCAGGUUUCGACAGGCACAAGGCAGCACGACUAGAGUUUUUCCCUAACCUUGACUUUGUGGACCAUUCAACACUAGUUGACGCACCGUUUGUUCGAAGAGAGACUAGGGUGAAUAUAGAAGAGACAGUACUCCUGUCAAUCUUGGACUCGGCUGAACGUGUCAAAGACCUGGAGCCUAGUCAGCCACAUUAUCAAAUCUAUCGAGAAUGGCUGUUCAGGGAACAAAAGCGAGCCUCCAAUAAGACAUAUCGACUCUUCACAGAUCGUGCGCAUUUCUUCUCAACGCUCACCUGCGAACAACGUCAAGAUGAGCUUAAUAAGAGACUGGAGCUACUCUCAGAUGACCCCGUCUUCAAACAUCUUGCUCGCGGAAUUCACAGAGUAAAUCAAAAUUGUGAGAAUCUGUUCACGGGAAAAUUGGACGCCUUGAAUAUGCUUCUGGAAGAUAACGUCCUGGCGGAGAUUUACAACUCUGUAUCUUCCGAUUUCUCGAGGUUUGUCAAGCUCUUGAGCAUCAACAAGCCCACACUGCGCAUCCUUGAAGUAGGAGCCGGAACAGGCGGUGCAACAGAGUUGAUCCUUCGUGAUCUCGUCGACAUCUCCAACAACCCUCCACACAGCGUCUACACGUUUACCGACAUUUCUGGCGGAUUUUUCGCGCAAGCUGCUGAAAGAUUUAAGUAUACUCCGAAUAUGGAGUUUAGAUUAUUCGACAUUAGUCAGAGCCCAUUCGAGCAAGGCUUCGAGGCUAAUAGCUACGACCUCAUUCUAGCUAACAAUGUCGUCCACGCGACAGAAAACCUCCAAGCUACCUUGCGCAAUUUGAGGCCCCUUCUCCGAGAGGGUGGUCAAUUACUUCUUUCAGAAGUAUGUGCUACCGGUGCCAAUGCGCCUGGGUUCGUCUUUGGCCAGUUUUCGGGCUGGUGGAUGGGCGAGGCUGACGAUCGCAAAUGGGAGCCAUAUGUUCAUGUAUCCCGGUGGGAUCGCGAGCUCAAAGCCGCUGGGUUCUCAGGAGCUGAUACUGCAGUGUUUGACGAAGAUGAGCCAUAUCAGUACUGUGCAGCUAUAAUUUCUCAUGCGGUAUCUAAAGUCACGACUGAACAUUCCCCAGGCGUGGGCGGUCUUGAGGCUAUUGCAGUUGUUUGUGAUAGUCCAGAUCAUGGUCCAAGUGCAGAUUUGAUUGCUGAUAUACGAUCACGAGGGCAUGAUGUUGAAGUAGUUAAAUUCGGAACCGCGCCCCCCCCUGCAAACCGGCCUGUUCUAGUGACUUUGGAUCUAGAAGGCUACUUCUUCCAAGACAUUACAGCACCUCGUCUCCUCGCCUGGCAAGGUCUUUGGCAUCACCACCAAGGGCAGAAGUUGCUUUGGGUAAUGCCAAAAGUACAACUCGACUGUGACGAUCCGAGACCAGCUCAAACUCUUGGUGCCAUGCGUGUCGCUCGGGCCGAGUUAUCACUGCCCUUCCACACUCUGGAGAUUGACUCAUCAGAGCCGAACUUUACCGAUCUAGUCCUCAAAGUGUUUGACAAAGUUGUCGGUCGUGAUGACGUUGAAGCACUCUCUCCAGACAGAGAGUUUGUGGUGCAAAAUGGUAUCGUCAAGGUCGGCCGCGCCCAACCAUUCUCGCUGAAAAAAGAGAUUGGUUUUGUUGCCACCAGUGAAUGUGAUACCACGCGGCUUGAAAUCAGCAAACCUGGUUUAUUGGAGACUCUACACUGGGUCAGCACCAAAACUACUUCUUUAGCAGCAGACGAAGUUGAGAUUGAAGCAAGAGCGGUUGGAUUGAAUUUCAGAGAUAUUAUGGUAUCUAUGGGUAUCUUAACCUUUGGAGAUGGGACGCCACAGCUUGGUAUCGAGAUGUCAGGCAUUAUCACCAGUGUUGGAUCAGCGGUCCAAAAUGUUAAACCGGGAGAUCGUGUCGUUGCGUUGGCCUCUCAAGGUUGUUUUUCAACGAAAUGCAUCAUGAAAGCGCCACUCGUCGUCCAAAUUCCAGACAACCUCGGUUUCGAAGAAGCUGCUACAAUGCCCGCUGUUUUCUCUACCGUCAUCCAAGCUCUUACUCGAGUGGCGCACUUGGAGAAAGGCAAAAGUGUACUCAUCCAUUCGGCGUGUGGAGGUAUUGGCCAUGCGGCCAUCCAGCUUUGCAAAAACGCCGAUGUCGAGAUUUAUGUUACAGUGGGUAGCAAUACCAAGGCCGAGUAUGCCGAAAACACCCUUGGUAUCUCUAAAGAUCACAUCUUCAAUUCACGUGAUGACUCUUUCGUGGCUGAUAUAAUGAGAGCAACAAAUGGUAAAGGGGUGGACAUUGUGCUCAAUUCUCUUUCAGGACCUCUUCUCCACGCUUCUUGGGACUGUGUGGCUGAAUUUGGUCAGCUCGUGGAACUGGGUAAGCGAGACCUUGUCGAGUUCGGUUCCCUUGCGUUGGAGCCUUUCCUGCUCAACCGAUCUUAUUGUUGUGUGGAUCUGGCGCAUAUGCUUGAGCGUCGCCCUGAAAAAGUCGGUCAAUUGCUUCAAGACUCUAUCGACCUAUUCCGCGAGGGAAAGAUUCAGUCUAUCGCAAGCCGCACCGACUUUACCGCAAACCAAAUCACUGAAGCUUUCCGUCACCUUCAGAAGGGGAACCAUAUUGGUAAAGCUGUUGUCACGCUACCUCAGGACUCUUCUGACUUAGUUUCUUCGCCUAAACGGGCAGAAGUAAGCUUUGAUUCAUCAGCCACUUACUUGCUUACUGGCGGGCUGGGCGGAGUAGGUAGGGCAGUAGCGGCAUGGAUGGCGGAACGUGGCGCGCGCAAUUUGAUAUUCUUGUCUCGCUCAGCUGGUAGAGGUGGUGAUGACUUGUCGUUCUUUGCCGAACUAGAGGCAUUGGGCUGUACUGCCAUCCCGGUACAAGGCCAGGUGCAGUUGUUGGAAGACGUUGAACGAGCCAUAGCCGCAGCUCCGAGUCCCAUUCAUGGCAUCUUGCACCUUGCCAUGGUUCUCGAGGAUGGAGCCGCCGUUGAUUUGACUUUUGAGCAGUGGACUGCAGCCGUGGCACCAAAAGUAGAUGGUGCUUGGAACCUUCAUAAUUCUUUUAUCCAACGACAGCAAAACUUGGAUUUUUUCCUCCUGUCGAGUUCAAUUGUUACUAGUGCUCACCAUCCAGGUCAAAGUAAUUAUGCCGCCGCCAACACGUCACUAGAAGCAUUUGCUCAAUAUCGUCGGCGUCAAGGUCUCCCGGCAGCUGUGCUGAGCUUGUGUCCUAUCGACGAUAUCGGAUUCGUGGCAGAGAAUCCUGUCAUCCGUCGCAAGCUUAAAUCACAAGGCUUGAACUUCCUACCCGAAAAAGAGGUGCUUGACUAUUUUGAGUUUGCUGUGUUACACCAGCAAGACGAAGUGCAGAGCAGCUCACCUAAAGACCAACUGUCUUCAUGGGCGAACGACAGUCACACAAUCGUCGGUUUGCAUAGUGAAAUGCCUCUGGAUGAUCCUAACUGUCAUACAAUAUGGCGGCGGAACCGCGAAAUGGGUUUCUAUCACAAUGUAAGCACAACAUCGAACAAUAACAUUUCCAAAUCCUCUAGCGGCCUCAAAGCCUUUAUUGAGCAGGCGACAUCGAGCGGUGAUCCAGCAAAGUUCUUGGAUAAUGACGCAGCCGUUGAUUAUUUGGCGACUGAGAUUGGGUUGCGCAUCCUUCAAUUGAUGAUGCGCGAUGCAGAUGAAGUGGACAUUUCAGUGAGUGUCCAUGCUGUUGGCAUGGACUCAUUGAUGGCAAUUGAGCUUCGGCGCUGGUGGAAGCAAAACUUUGCUGUCGAUGUGACUGUGUUGGAGAUUAUGGGAGCAGGAACUCUUCGAGGACUUGGGCAUGUUGCGAGCCAGGGACUAAAAAAAAAGAUUUUCAAAGAAGGCUAA